ACAACCAUUUCACAACGAUACCUGCCGUCCAACUCGACAAGGUCCACGACACCAGGGCGAUGAGUGUACGCUCAUCCCAGUGGUCGAAAAGAUGACUCAACCUCCGAGUAGCGUCACCAUCAAUAACAGGCGCUAUGACUAUGAGAGUCCCCACGCAUAG